AUACACAUCCAUGGAGGAGUGAGUUUGGUCUCGUCAAGGUCUCGUAAAAUGGAUAUUUCAAACUUAAGUCGUAGCAAGUCGACACCGCGUAAAGUGAAAGACCUUUUGUCAUCCUUUAUCUACGGAUCUGUUUCCGAUGAUAAUCAAUGUUUGUUAAAAGCUUGCAAUGAAAAAAAACCAUCAGAGUUACCAAGUGAUGAUGUAGAUGGUUGGAGCCAAAAAGAUGAUUCUUUAGUUGACCACAAAAGAGUAUUUCAUCCUGAUGAUAAAAAAGCAUACUACCAAAGAGUACAAACCUACACUUCAUUCAUAUGGGUCGAACCACUUGCAGCACUUUCGCCACUGAUGUGCGCUCGAUAUGGUUGGAAAUGCAUCAACGUAAACACACUGAAGUGUGUAAGUUGCAAGGAAGUCUUGUAUGUUGGGAUUCCCGAUAAUAUUACAUACGAACAGGAAUGUGAUGCCUCAAAGAAGAUAAUACAGUUGAUUUCAACAGCACAUUUAGAUAUUUGUCCUUGGCCGACAUCACCUUCGCCAGAAAAGUUUUCUAUGGUCGUGGAAACUACACGCAAGUCUACAUCAUUAGAGUUUGUUAAUAGAGUGGAAAGUAUGCUGAAAGACAAAUCUACAUUGCCAAGUCUUGAUGUAGACUUUAUUGCAUCAGAAGAUGUGGAUGUGACUGAUGUAAUCAACACAAUACGGAAUAUGUAUAGUGAGUUACAGGAGAAUGAUAAGUUAGAUGACGCAGAGAUCUGUGCGGCUGUUUUUCUUGCUCUGUUUGGCUGGACCAACAGUGAGCUAGAUGGUGGUUCAAUCAUUGUUUGUAACCAUUGUAAAAGAAGUGCUGGUAUGUGGAAUUUUACACUGCUGAAGUAUAAAGAAAAGGAUAAAGUAGAAACUGAAUUGGCGGGUGAUAGUGGAGAUAAUCUUGAACCUGAACCAAAGAGACGACGACUCAUGAAAUUUAAUCCAUGUACUGAGCACCGUACCUGGUGUCCAUGGAUAUCAAGUAUGAAUACCAACGUAGAAGACGCGUCAACUCCAACUGACAGCAAGGAGUGUGAGAAGGUUACACCUCCUUUGACCAAAGGCACCGACACAGACGCUGAAGAUGAAGUGAUCAAGCAGAUGCUGGAGCAGGUAGACCCUUCGGAGGUGGGUUGGAAACAGGUGUUGCAAUCGCUGAAGAGGUAUCUACUAGUCGAACCAAGUGAUGAGCCAAGACCAACUUUAGCAAAUACUACGCCACCUAGUAAAGCCUGGCAAACUUUUAAGAGAAUCCUGGGAUAUUUUCAAGGAAAGUCACCAGAAAAAACAUGAAUAUUUUGAACAGUACACAUUUUAUAACAGCCAAUCAUAUAUAGAUAACUCAGUGUGUUUGUAUUUUUUACUAACACAUGUUACAGCGAUUAUACAAGUACUUAAAAUCAUGUCUCGUAAGUGAUACAGAAGCUGCUGUGAACUCGGUCUGAUCUUUAAGCUCUACCAUGUACAGUUGUGCUUUUUAAAAGAUUAAACUCGUUCCACACUAUCAGGUUUUAAGUGAAAAUCAGUGGCAAAUCCAGGGAUUCAAAAUAGAGGGAGCCAGGGAAGCACUUUAACAGAUGGUAGGUCUAGACCACUUUAGUACCACCAUGGGGAUUUUGGCUUUGAUUAUUAAUUAUUUACCCAUAUACAGCAAAGAUACUAGAAACACAAGAUAAGAGUUCUCCACAGAAAAAAAAUGUUCCACCGAAAUUCAUGGUGGGAAUACAAACAAUGGGGCGCUGCGUACGGCUGGAUCUAAAAAACUUCUGCCACCGUUACAUAAUUGUGAAUACAUAACCUCCUUUUGCGGAGGUUGAAACCAUUGCCAUUAUCCGUAAAUAAAUAAAUUAAUAAAUAAAUUAAAACAAUAACAUGACAGACACAAAAGAGCAGAGUCGUAUGAUAAAGUUUUCCUCCAUUAGUGGAAAAAGAAGGGCGCCGCAUGCGUCUGGAUAUACCUAGCAACAGAAGGGCGCCCUAUACGUCUGGACCAAGUAUAGAAAAUUUACAUUAUAAAAAGAGAAGCGCGAGGCGUACGUCUGGACCAAUUUCCGCCUCAUUUUUGCUAUGCGAGUGCUCUAUCUUGUAUUUCUAGUAUCUUUGAUAUACGGGUGAAGCGCACAGAGUUCUCACAUAAAGCUUGAUAGUUUGAAUAGAACUUUAAGUUCCCUGUCAUAUUUAUGUGUGUUAUUAAAAGUGGAGUGAAAAAUGUGUUUUGUUUUAAACAAACUGUAAAUAAACAGUCAAAGUGAUGGAAUUAUGGUGCAAGUUAUGAACGCAAAUAGCAACGGGACCCAUUUUCUUAUGAAUGUGUAAAUAAAGUUAUGAAUAUUGAGAGUUGUACAUAGUCAUCAUGAUAAUUAAAUAUUCAUUUUCUUAUUUCUGAUAUCUAAGUAAUUUUUAUUCAAAAUAUUUAAGUAAGAUUAGGAAUAUUUAGAUUACUUAUUUGGAAUGACUAUGUCUCUUUUUACCACUUUUUGUAUGUUGUAUACAAAUUUUGAUCUAGUCAUGUCUCCUGUUGCCUUUUAAUUUGUGUACAAAUUUAUGUUU